AUGGAAGAUGUAUGGGUUGUGUUUCCAUGUGCGCAUACAGUCUGCACGAAUUGUAUCAAAAAUUUGAGACGCAUGACAACUUCGUCAUUUCUUGACUACAUACGAUGUGUAACAUGCCGACGACCGUGCCCUGUCGACGGGACCAUGUAUGUUGUGAACAAGACGGAUGAGUUGAUACCGAAUAUCCGCCUGACAGUUAAGUUCGAGCAGAUCAUUCGUCUACUGAAGAAGUUGAUUGCUGAAGAUCCCACGAAUAAGAUACUGGUGUUCACCUCGAUUGCUAUCGUGAUACCACCAUUUGCGGCCCUUUUAAAGUUGUUAAAGAUCCCUUACGCUGUGCCAGAUAGAGGAUCAAGAUCGAAGACUCUACAUCGAUUCCGACAUGACCAUAAUCUGAAGGUUCUCCUGAUGCCUCUUCGAAUGGGUGCCAAUGGACUGAAUUUGACUGAAGCCAAUCAUAUCAUUUUCAUGGAGCCCAUCACAGAAACAUCUGUGCUAUCACAGGCUGUUGGGCGCCUUGACCGUAUUGGACAGCGUCGUACAGUUACAGUGCACAAUUUUGUUGUGAAAGGGUCUAUUGAGGAGGAAAUCUACAAAAUCGUGAGCGAUGGUAAGGAGCAAAGCCGAUGGACGUUGGAAACACUUUAUCAGGUGUUUGGUCUACCAUUACAUCCUGGACAAGAACACAGGUUUCCGGACGAGCUGUAG